AUGCCCGACCCCAAAACGGCCGUGAGCUUCGAUGCAAUCAUCCAAGCCAACCGCCAGAGAAAGAAGAAUGAAGCGCUAGCGAACGAGAUCUUCGGCAGAAAUAAACAGACCAGGGGCGACUCCCGCAGUUCAAGCAAAGUGUCGACGAGGACGCCAGAUCUCGCCAGUAGAAUCACAAAGGUCUCGUCGCACCGCUCAUCAUCCGUAGCGAGCUCUGGCUCAGCCAGAAACACGUCCUCCAGACCCUCCUCCACGACCCCUCAACAGGCACGCGCGGCACGGCUUGCGUCCGCGCUUGAAACACAGCAAGCCAACAUCGUCACUCCGCCCCGUCAGAGUACAAAAGGCGGCCCAAGUCUAGGUCUCAGUAUAAAAGGCAAGGCAGGGCCUUUUACCGUCGAGGCGAGCAAUUUCGCGCCCGGUACCACCGCCGCGGACAUAGAAUCGGCGUUACAAGGAGACACGAUCGACGACAAUGGCGCGAGCGGGAUGCUAUCGUGUCGAAUCGUGGCGACUGCGCCUGCAGUGGUGGCCGAGAUGAUCUUUUCCGAACGACACAUUGCAGACAGGGUGAUUUCGACCUACAACAACCAGAGAGCAGACGGGCGAAUCCUCCACCUCUACCUGAAGCAGUCUGGAUCAGGACCUACGCCUGUCCCGUCGGGGGGGAACGCCGCCAUUACGCCCACGCCACCCGAACCCGUAGCAUCCAACCAUCAAUUUAGCGACAACGGCAUGGAUGACGUCGAGAUGGAGAGCGAGGCUCCCUUGGCACAGGACGACCGUGAUCGGGAACGAGACAGACGACCCGCAAAAUCGGACUCUGACAGUCGUGACGGAAGACGUGACGACUAUGAUGAUAGGAGAGACGAUGACCGCCGUGAUAGAGACAGAGACAGAGAUCGAGAGCGUGAACGAGAGCGAGAACGAGAACGAGACCGUGACCGUGAACGUGACCGGGAAAGAGAUCAACGUUACGACCGCCGUGACGAUAGAGCUCCAAACUCCUCCACCUCUUCCUACCGUGACGGCGGUAACAACAACUCCACCCCCAACAAUCACAGUCACAGUCACAACAGCUACAAUUCUAGAUCCUCCCACUAUGGCAACGGCGUAGGCGGUCCAGGGCGAGGCAUGUACGGAGGUCCAACCGGCGGCGGCAUGUACCAUCGCGGUGGAGGGAGAAUGUACAGCGACGGUCGCGGCGGCGGCGGAAGUGGAAGAGGUGGUUUCGGAUCAGGAUACAGAAGAGGAUAUUAA